GCCCUCUUCAUCUCACUUCAUCCCAAUUUCUCAAUUUUCCCCAAAACCUUCGCCAAAUUCCCAUUCACAAAACCCUUCUGUUUCCACAGAUUCAAAUCCGUCAGCAAUAGCAUGACGGACUCAUCGGAACCGGUGACCGGAAACUGCCCAUCAACCGGAGAGAAUUACCCGGUCCCCUUAUCGCCUCCACUGCCGGCCAUAUCCAAGAACUUAGAGCUCGCCAGAGCCAUGGCUGCCUCCUCUAAAUCCAGCCUCUUUGCUUUAUCGGCAAACGAUGUUAUAUACGAAGACGAGUGGCUCAUUGCCGUCAAUAAACCUCAAGGAAUCUACUGUGAAAAUGUUUUGGCUGCUGUUCCUCGUCUUCUUUGUGAUUCGGCUAACGCUGGGAUCAAAACCAAUUUGCCAGAGCUUCAUCUUGCUAACCGCCUUGAUCGUGACACAAGUGGGGUUAUGGUUAUAACGAAGUCACAUAAAGUUGCUUCUAAAUUAGUGAAGGCAUUUACCGACCACACGGUUUCAAAAUCAUAUAUCGCCUUCUGUGUUGGCACAUCUCCAAAAUGGAAAAAAAUCCACGUCAAAUCUGGUCAUGGAAGGUCAAAGUUUGGGGUCUGGCGUGUCUAUGCUGCAGCUGAUGUGGGUCGUUCCUUACCUGGCGGUUCCAUAGUCAGAGAUAUGGAAACAUAUUUUGAAGUACUGUCUGUAAAUGGAAAAAACACCAUGGAGGAAUUACAAAAAUUCAGGAAAGAGGAAGAAGAAACUAUUGUAGUCCAUACAAAAUCUUUGGUGGACAUUGAUAGUCAGAAGGACGAGGUCUUGAUAAGAGCAAGACCUCGCAGUGGAAGAACUCAUCAAAUCCGACUGCACUGCCAAUAUCUUGGAAUUCCUAUAAGAGGGGAUGUGAAAUAUGAGGGUGUUACAGAGUGGAAUGGGAAAACUUACGAUAGCCAUGAGCUUCAUGCUGAAAGCUUGUACUUUGUGCAUCCUAUUACAGGUAUUCCUCUCAAACUACAAGCUCCUUUACCAUCAUGGGCCAGCCAAGCGUUGCAGCCCCAACAACAAGAAGUGAAUUCUCCACAGUCCUUCAAAACUAUGCCUUAAGAAAAUCAUUGGCGCAAUACAGUUAAGUGAGAACCAAAUAUAUCCCUUAUUAUACAAGGAGAUUCGGUGUUGAAGAAUGUCGCUGAAGCAAAAUGGAGCGAUCUUCAAUCAAAUUCAUAAAGUGCGACUGCAGACAGUUUUCGUACUGUCAAGUUGAUGUCUGCAAUUUUUCAUCUAUUGAAUGAGCUCUUGUUUGCACGACAGUGUCUACAAAAAUAUCAGCAGUCGCAAACCAAGAAACCAUCCGAGUUCUUGAAAAUUUGAGCUCGAAAUGGAUUCUGGAAAUGACCGAAGAAUCAUGUGUGUCAAAGGCUGAUAAAUUUGUGCAAAGCCCUUUGGAAAUGGUUCUUCUGCAGUGGUUUUAUCGAUAAAAUUGAUGUACGGUGCUAAAACAGCCAAAUUCUGUGGUUGGCAUGUUGAUUUAUAUUGAGGCUCAAUUGCUAUCCGACUCCCCUUCCAUCCAUUUGUGCAACUUUGUCAUCAAAAUAUGAACAAUUUGUUAUGGUGUUUAUGCGGCUAUGAAUUAUAAAUAGAAGAAUGAGAAACAUGUUGUGGUUUA